ACAAUAUUUGAAUAUACAUGAAUUAAUUGAUUUUUUUUUUCUCUCAAAACAACUUUGUCAAGUGAUGGAAUUUCAUACUAGCUGAUACAAAUGCAUUAUUCUCUAUUUGUUAUCAGUUGCUUCACAUUUUCUACCACAGUCCUUAGCUCUGAAGCCACGUCUGCCAAACUACCAGAGGGCAAAGAAAGCUGGUCAGUCCACCAAUGUGAUUGAUGUGGGAUCCUCCAUUGACAUCACUGAACUUCAAGGUUGGUAAACUUAAAUCCCCCUCCCCCCAAUUUCUUUCUAAUCUCUCAAUAUUGAAAAGCUUAUUUUUUCCCCUAGAUUUGUCAGAAAACACAGACAUAAAUAACAUUCCUGAGAGCAUGGACAAAGACACAACUGAUUCUGAAGCUGAUGAAUUUCAAGGCUCAGCAGAAAACGCAGUUAUGGACAACGACGACAUGUUUGCUCUAGAAGAAAUUUAUGAGUCCAAGGAUGAUGACGAAAACGAUCAUUAUUGUGAUGAAUUUCGAGAUGAACAUGAUAAUUGGGCAUUGAUGUUUGAGCUAGUUAGAGAUUAAAUAAUAAAUAUUGGUGCACUGUCA